AUGUCAAAGUUAUCAUAUAUUACACCUGAAGGACUUAGAAUUGAUGGAAGAAGAAACAAUGAGAUUAGAAGAUUAAAUAUGAAGAUGGGUAUAUUCAAUAGAGCGGAUGGAUCAGCAUAUUACGAACAGGGAAAUACAAAGAUAACGGUGGCUGUCUACGGUCCACGCGAAGUGGCGUCGAAUCAACGAAUGUUGCACGAUCGUGCCAUCGUCAAUUGCGAGUACUCACAAGCAGCGUUCAGCUCGGCAACCGAUAGAAAACCAACACGUAAAUCCGAUAAACAGUCGUACGAGAUUGCAUCGCUCAUCAAACAGGCAUUCGAAUCGACCAUUCAGAUCACGCUGUUUCCACGCUCGCAAAUCGAUAUCUACGUGCAGGUGCUGCAGGCUGACGGCGGCCUGAAAGCGGCUGCUCUGAAUGCCGCUACGCUAGCGGUGAUCGACGCCGGUCUACCUAUGCGUGACUUUAUCUGCGCGUGUUCGGCCACCUUCAUCGAGGGUGUCCCACUGUUGGAUAUGAAUCAAAUGGAGGAGCGUUCCGGUGGUGCCGAUCUGCUACUCUCGAUACAACCACAACUGGGUGGUGUCAUCUCAUUGAACAUGGAAUCAAAAGUACCACAAGAUAUGUUUGAAUCGGUUUUGGAGCUAGCCAAUCUAGGUUGUAUGAAGAUAUUCGCAUUGCUACAAACUGAAGUUAAAAGACAUUCCGCAGAUUUAUUAUCAAAUCAAAUAAAUCCUAAAUCAUAA